AUGAAGGCCAAAAAGAAUUUAGAAGAAGCAGGAUACACUCAUUCUGAUAUUCUAGCCAUGAAUUCCUUUUCUAUCAAAAAACUUUAUCAGAGAUUGAGAGGUUCUUUCCCAAAGGUCACUUGGAAGAGACUUGUCUGUAAUAAUGCAGGGUGUCCUAAAUGGGUAUUCAAUUUGACGUUGGUAGCACAUGGAAGAUUGUACAUAAGAGAUCGAUUAGCGAAGUGGGGCAUUGCUAACAAUUUGGUUUGUCCAUUGUGUGAACAUGAUGAUGAAUCUCUUGAUCACUUAUUUUUUGAGUGUAACUUCUCUGCAACUCUAUGGAAUAAAUUACUCAGAUGGCAAGGAGUGCAUAAACAAGUUAUGGGAUGGGUGGAAGAGCAGGAGUGGGCGAUUAAAUUUGCAAAUGGGAAAAACGCAAAAGCAGAAAUGUAUAGAAUGGUGCUGGCAUGUAGUGUUUACUAUAUUUGGCAAGAGAGAAAUCAAAGAAUAUUUCAAGGAAGAAGAAGAACCGUUGACAAUCUUAGCAGGCUAAUAGUGCAAGACAUAUACUGUCGAGGGAGCCACAACAAGAAGAUUACAAAGCAACUGGAAUCCAUGAAUUUCUAUCCCUGA